AUCUAACGGUCAUUUCAUGUUUUAGUUUAGUUCUCUUUGUCGCCGCUAGAUGAUGAAUGAAAAAAAGACGAUACGUAAUGGUCGUUUAAUUUCGAUGUCGUCACGCUUAUUCCGGCCAUCCGAAACGGGUCCAUCGUCUAGUCCUAAUAAGUUUUCACGACGGUGACCACACAUCACCUGCGGGCAGAGGUUGCCUUUUUGACCUCAUUCGAUGGAAAAAGACACGAAAACAUAUCUCAAAUGAGGAUAUGCUUCUGCCGGUUUCAGAUAAACGAUGACCUGUAACCUAUAUUUAUAAAACUCUGCAUGCAUGCCGUCGAGACUGCUUUUCUCCAGUUCAAACUGUUCCUGCCGAGUUCAGUUUAAAGGGCUUUCUUUAUGGCGAUGCGUUCAACAAGACUUUGGCACCGUUUUAAUGUUGACUACUUUCAGACUUCUGGUUUGCUGCUGCUGGUUGAAAUUGACUGGGCCAACAGGUCACCAGUGAAAGUACCGUAUUGUGUGCAAGAUUUUCAUUCACGAACAACAUACCAAGACACGGCCAUCAUCCAUCGGAUUGCCAUUUUUCCACCACAACGGCACAAAUGCCCCGUUUUUGGAUGUUUCGUGAAAUGCUGCACUGUACAUAUAUGAAGACAUUGAAACAGCAGAGUUUUCCCAUAUAACGAUUGUCGUAUUUCUCAACGUUGCACUGAUGGGCGACAACGCAAAAGAAUAACAUUAUAUGCAAUCAAUUAUAGAUCUCUGAAGAAUAUCUGCUGUCCUUCAACACACAAAACAAGACAAAUUAUUCUGUAUGACAUCUUGAUUGAUUUAAGUGAUUCAUUUCCAACAUUAACACCAGGAUCGGCAAACGAGAAAAAUGCCGUUGCAUCGCAGUUGGAUGCACAGUUUGUAAAACACCAUGGGUCUAGAACGUUUAAACAUUUUAUUCUUCUUGAUUAACGCCACUGGCAUGUUGCCCUACCGAAUGAUAUUGGAUAAGAAAAAGAAACGGUUCGAACGCUUUGAUAUCGGAUGGCGUCACCCGGUUACAUGGUGGUUUGUAGUCGUUUUAAUUACCCAGCUCAUUUAUACACCUUACAUGACCACCAUGUCAGUUCUCAACGAAAUUUCUCAAAGUAAAAAUGAGUCUGUCAUUUACAUAAUGACGACGGUUUUGUGGUUCGUUUGUUACGGAAUAGUCAAACUUAUUCCUACUAUCCUUCUCUUCCGCGUUGGGGACUUCAUAACGGCAUUAACUGAUCUGAAGAAAGUCGAUCGAAUUCUUGACAAUAUUCCAAACAAUCAAUGUUGGAGUAGACAGCGCACAGUUAUUGGCUUUGUAUGCGGAAUCAGUAUGAUAGUAACUAUGCAGAUUAGCGCCAGUUAUCAGACGAUACUUCCGGUUGAGAAGAAAGAAAUAUUACUUUAUUUCUUCGAGUUUUUCAUCAAUUUUAUAACAUCACUUCAGUUAACUACAUGGCUUCUUUUGAUCCAUUUAACUUACUACAACAUCGCUCAUCGUAUUGCUAUUCUGGCAUAUUUUGUUGAUGAUCAAGAGCCUAUCCGAGGUGGAAAGAAGAUUACUGUCGUUCCAGUAAAGGCUAUUACUAUCGGACCCGACACUGGGCAACUAAGCUUCCGUCUCCAGAAAGUCGACUACGCAUUCGAUCGAUUGGCUAAGACGUGCAAUCAACUCAAAUCCAUUUUCUCAUUCCCAGCUCUUCUAAUUCUAUUGACAUCAUUUUUAAGUUGUACCAUCAACAUUUUUCUGUUGUUGCAUUACUUCAUUCAGCCGAAUUCAGCGCAAAACAAUAUUUUAUUCUAUUUGGUGCUGUUAACUAGUCAAAUUGGUAUGGCUUUGGUAAUUGUUGUAUCUGCUGGUUUGCCCGCUCAGGAGGUUAAACGACUCCGGGGUAAGUUUCUGCGACUUUCAACCAAGGAAAUUGAUUUAAAUGACGAAGCACAGUGCGCUGCUAUUGUAAUGGCGUUGUCGGAAGAACGAGUUCAAUUGUCAGCCGGAGGAUUAAUGCCCAUCGGGAAAGAAUUGCUCCCUUCUCUAACGGCAACGGUCAUCACUUAUUUGGUCAUCCUGCUGCAGAACGCAAUCAACAAGAAAGCGAUCCAAGACAAGGGAACAGCAGUAUAAACAGAUGAGCAUCAAAACACCCGAAAUGUUUAAUGGUGUUACCAAAGAAAGGUGUGUAUUUCUCGCAAUAUACAAAUCACGAAGGCAAAUCAAAGAACAAACACAACUCAACAGGAUACUUUCAGAUAACGCACUUACACACACACACACCUUGUCCCCUGUUCUUUGUCGGAUUUUUAAAACAAAAACUCUGUUUCCAUUUGAUGACAUAUACAAUAAAGAUGUAUAACACAA